GUUGCUGUUGGAAAUGGACAAGGUAAUGAAGAUUAUCAAUUAAGUGAACCACAAGAUGUGAUUAUCGAUAAAGAGAAUGAUAGUCUCAUCAUAUGCGAAUAUGAGAAUAGAAGAGUAGUUCGAUGGCCUCGUCGAAAUGGAACAAGUGGAGAAACAAUCAUCUCCAAUAUCGAUUGUUUCGGUUUGAUAAUGGAUGAAAAUGGAUUUCUCUAUGUCGUUGAUCUUGCAGAAAAUGAAGUGAGACGAUAUAAAAUUGGUGAUACUCAGAGUACAGUAGUUGCAGGAAUCGUUGUCGAUCAAUUGGGUACUAUUUAUGUGGCUGAUUAUUUUAAUCAUCGAAUUAUGCGUUGGCCAGAGGGAGUCGUUCAAGGAACUGACAUUAUUGGUGAAAAUGGUAAAGGAGCACAGUCGAAUAAACUUAAAUAUCCCGUAGGCUUAUCAUUCGAUCGAUAUGGUAAUCUCUAUGUCUCUGAAUAUGAAAAUCAUCGAGUACAAAAAUUUAAUAUUGAAUAA